GCCAGUAGACGAAUGACGUUAAUAAGCGUCAUCAAUGCGAGCCCAAGUGUUUUCCCUCCCCAAACUAAAGCGGAAGUAAACAAAUCAAACAUGAGCUGGGACCGUAUUACACCCGUUAUUGCAAAAUCUGCUUGUUAAACUGUAGCUUUAGAUUGCGGGUCGGUUCUGUUAAUAUCGGCUCAUAAAUACAUCCUAGAGGCAGCUGAAACAAACCGCCACCUUCAACCCACAGCGAAAACCGAGUAACAGUAAAAUCAAGUUGGCGCGUUUUUACUGCGGAUGAAGAGCAAUAUUUGCUUACACUGACCAACAUAAUGGACUGUAGCACCGCUGACCUGCACGCUAACGUGGCACACGACUCUGCAGAUGGGAGCUCCAGCAGUGAUGAGGACUUAGUGCCUCUAUCAAAGCUGCUGAUGAGGCAACAGAGUGAUGAGAAGGAGUCAUGCGACAAUACCCGCAGCUUAUCCUCCAACUCCAACAAUAAAUCAAAAAAGGACAAAGGUUCAGAUGGCUCCUCGGAUGAUGAGCCGCUAGUAAAGAUGAAGACAAGCCUUGCACCACCUAAGAAACAAGAGAAAAAGGAAAACACACCACCCAAAUCUAACAGCACAAAUAACAAGAACACAGAUGAAGACUCUGACAAUGAGCCUUUGAUAAAAAUUGCCAAAAUUUCCUUGAAAGCUGUGAAAAAACCUCCCUCAGUUCCAACCAAAAAAGCUGCUGGUAGAAAGAAGAAAGAGUCACUGGGCAAGGACGACAGCUCCGAUGAUGAGCCUUUGAGUCAAGUUGCCGAGAAACCUCGGUCACGGCACGAGAGAAGAGCAGCUGCUGAAAAAGCAAACCCGGUUACCAAAUCCAAAAGAAAUGCUGCAAAGAAAAAGGUUAAAUAUACUGAGACGUCCACUGACAGCUCAGAUGAUGAGCCACUGGCGGCGAUAAAGAGGAAGUCAUCGAAACAUAGAGACAGCAGCUCAGAUGAUGAUGUGCCCCUUGUGGACCUCGUUGCCAAGAAAAGGAGGCCAGUGAAGAAAAGCCCAAAGAAGAGCACCGUAACACGAGGGCGAGCAUCAAACAAGAGAAAAGCAGAAGUCAGUGAUGAUAGCUCAGAUGAAGAACCGUUGAUUAAUCUUGUGAAAAAACCUCGUGCUAUCAAAAAACCCAAAACAAAGGCUCCCACUCCGAAGAAGAAGAGCACUCCUUCUAGGAGUCCAAGAAAGAAGCCAGGUAACAGUGCAGAUGAUAAGCCAUUGAAGGCAGCUAAGCAUCCACAAGUGACCAAAACCCUGACAAUCCUACUAGAGAGGUGUGAUGCUGGACACGCUGGGGCAGCAGGAAGCCUAAAGAAAGCCAGCAAAGGAGAAAAACAUGUUGCUGAAAAACCAGAGGAGGAGGAUUCGGCCGGUUCAGAAGAAUCUUCAGAAGAAGAAUAAGUAAAUGAAACAAAUUUCUCAAAGCGUUGUGAAACAUAACGGUCACAGUUAGUGUUCAUGUAAAGUUCUUCACUGUGCUUUAUCUCACUAUUUGUUAAUUUAUGCGCAUUACAUUUUUACUCCAGAUUUGAGGUGUGGGACCAAAUUUUGUGGGUUCCUUAAAGAUUUUAUGCACUGUCUUUGAUGCUUUGUUUUUUAAUGUUACGUGCCAAUUGUUUGCAGUUUUUGAUUCCC